GCUGGUUCCCUGGCCGCGAUCACGCCCAGACCACGUGGCUGGCGCCGGAGGCCUAUAAAGAGCGGCACCCUUGGUCACCUGUAGCCACCUGUGCAGUGACUGGAGCCGCCGACCGCGCCGCCAGCCUCCUCAGCCAUGUGCACGCGCUCGGUGCUCGCGCUCUGCGCGGCGCUGCUGACCUGCGGCGUCCACAGCCGUCUCCAGCCGCCGGCGGUCGGCGCCCAGGUCGGCACCAACACCUACGAGCCGGAGCAGAUUCGGCUGUCCUACCUCAAUGACCCAACCGCCAUGACCGUCACCUGGAUGACCAAGGACGCCGUGGCGAGCAGGGCGCUCUUCGGCGUCGGCAACCUCAACAGCACGGCCUUCGGCAUCUCCACGCCGUUCGAGACGGGCUCCCGCAGCGAGACGGUGCACCGCGCCACCCUGACCGGCCUCACGCCCGGCGCCCAAUACGAGUACGUGGUCGGCAGCGAGCACGGCUGGUCCGACCUGAAGACGUUCAUAGCCGUGCCGGCCGGCGCCGACUGGAGCCCCAGGCUCGCCGUGUUCGGAGACAUGGGCGUGGAGAACGCCCGCUCCCUCGAGAGGCUGCAGCUGGACGCCGCGCUGGGUAUGUACGACGCAGUGCUGCACAUCGGCGACUUCGCCUACGACCUGCACGACGACGACGGCAAGGUGGGCGACGAGUUCCUGCGCAUGGUGGAGCCUAUGACGGCGCGCGUGCCUUACAUGGUCACCGCCGGCAACCACGAGAAGCACCUGAACUUCUCCGAGUACAAGGCGCGGUUCACGAUGCCGGGGGAGGCGGAAAACAUGUUUUACAAGUUCGAGAUGGGUCCGGUGCAGUUUGUGUGCAUCAGCUCCGAGUUCUACUACUACCUCGAGUAUGGCACCCACAUGGCCAUCAACCAGUACAGCUGGCUCGACGCCGUGCUCAAGGAGGCCAACAGGCCGGAGAGCCGCGCGCUGCGUCCCUGGCUGGUGGUGUUCGGCCACCGGCCCAUGUACUGCUCCAACUUUGACGACGGAAACGACUGCCUGAGCAGCGCCGACCUGCUGCGAGUCGGUAUCCCCGAGCAGGGCAUUCCCGGCGUGGAGCCCCUGCUGAUGGAGUACGGGGUGGACCUGGCCCUCUGGGGACACGUGCACGCCUACGAGCGGCUGUGGCCCGUGUACGGCAGCGUGGUGAUGAACGGCACCGCCGAGGAGCCCUACACGAACCCGGGCGCGCCGGUGCACCUCAUCAGCGGCUCGGCGGGCGCUGCGAAGCACGGCUCGUACCCAACGGAGACGCCUAGGGAGUACUCUGCCUACCGGUCCAUCGAAUACGGCUUCACCCGGCUCACCUUCCACAACAGCUCCCACCUCAACAUCGAGCAGGUCUCCGAGGACCAGGGAGGGGCCAUCAUCGACUCGACCUGGCUGAAGAAGACGGCCCACGUGCCCUACCACCAGCUCACUAGGACGGAGCGCGGCUUCCUGAAGCUGUAGGUGGAGCUGCAGCUUCUGGCGGGCGUGGAAUAGAGAUCGGUGCUGGUCGCUUUGCUUCAGUGUCUUUGUUCAUUCGAAUUCCUGCUGUUGAUAGGAAUAUUUCGUCAAUCGGACAUAUGUGGUCGAAAAUGUUGCCUACUGAUGUGCCAUGACGUAAAAUACACUGAUUAGUGUAGAA